AUGCGCAUUCACCAGCGCCCGCGUCCGCACCCCCCAGCCAUCCUGCCCUUCCCCCUGGUCCUUGAACCGGAAAUCGCCCUCCAGCACCCGCAUGGCGAUCUCGGGCCGCUCGCGCAGCACGUGCAGCUCCUUGGUGGUCACCACCGUCGCCUCGAAGCCCUCCGGCGCGAACCGCCGCUUGGCCCAGCCGACGACGCGGCUGCGGGACGCGGGCGCGUGCCACGGGUUGUGGAAGUCAAAGUCGAGGUAGAGGAACGGGUAUCGGUGUUCGUCCUGGUCCGGGACGAAGCGCAGGUAGGCCGUCGCCACGAAGCCGGACGCGGGUUUCAGUUCUCUCUCUGCUUCUCCCUCGCCGGUCUGGCUCUGGAUCUGGGUCUGGGACUGGCACUUGGACUUGCCGAGGUGGAGAUCGUGUUGGUCACGGGGUGGCGGCGCGCGAAGAUGGAGGGUUUCCAGGAAGGUGAUGAUCGGAGGGUCGGUCACGUCUGGGAAUCCCAAGAGUCAGUACUAUGCGGGGGCGGAAGAAAGAGCACACACCAGCAGGCGGGGAGACGUACCGUAGAUGCACUUGAAGCCGUGAACUAG